UGUUGCCAGCAUAAAGUCACAGUCGAUACAAGGCCGUUGCUUCUGGGCAACGUUUCGAGUCCAAGUACAGGGAACACACACAAGAAACAGAAAAUGAGGCACUUUGUGGUGUUGGCGGUUGUCAGCCUGCUUCUGCACGGCUAUCUGGUCGAAGGCGCUACUACUCCUGCCCCUACUACUGCGGCGGUCAGCGGUACUCCAGCGGGAUCCGCAACAACCUGUUUUGCAUGCAGUACGAACGACUCCACAGAUGCGUGCGCUACCGGAACGACUGGGUCUGGCUCUGGAUGUGCCUUUGGAGUUUGCAUCGUUGAGCUGGAGGAAGAUGCUGAUGGCAACGUCGUGACCUUUGAAAGGAAGUGCCAUGAUCAGGCCUGCAACAGCGACAACGAAAACAGUGUGUUCUCUGAAGCUAUCACUUCCGGGGGGAUACAUUACGAAGAGUGUUGUGCCGAUGCUGUUGAUUGCAACGCCAUCACAUACACCGACCUUAAGAGCACAGCUGGAAAGCUGACCGCAGGAAUGGCCGCCACUUUGUUCGGCGCCAUUUGCCUGUUGGUGCUCUAGAUCUAGACUAGAGCACUUUCUUUGUCUUUCGAGUCAAGUGUGUCUGCUCUUCAGCAGUUGCUGCUGUUGUUGUUUUAUGUUUUGAAGUUCGGUUACUUCUUGCGAGAUGUUGACAUCGCAAUCUGGAUGUGAAUGUUCAAU